ACGCAUCAGAGUGAGACAUCUCCUCGGUGUCCUGCUCUCUGCGGUCUCCGCGGCUCGUCCCCGCGGCUCCAUCAGACCCGCACAGAGCUGCAGCCGCGCGGACGCGCCCCGGCUUCCACAGCAACUUAGUUGGAAAGAGAGUGAAACAAGUGGAGAAUCCGCCUCGGUGUUUCCAGCGGAGUCCUGCGGACCCGGGGACCGAGGACCGGGCUGUUCGGACUGACCGAAACUGAGCUGAAGCAGUUGAAGAGCAGACCGGCAGCCGGCCCAGGGGCCACUGAGGGGUCACUGAGGGGUCACUGAGGGGCCACUGAGGGGUCACUGAGGGGCCACUGAGGGGUCACUGAGGGGUCACUGAGGGGCCACUGAGGGGCCACUGAGGGGCCACUGAGGGGUCGUGCCGCCAGCCUGACCUUUGACCUCUGAGACUGGUGUGGUCCUACUGGAGGAUGUUCAGCGGUGAGAGGAAGCAACGCUCCAGCGGAGAGAGGCGGGACCCGAGACCUCUGGAGGGACAGUAGACGUCUGAGCUUCUGUUGGACGUUGUUUGUCCACGAGACAUUUUUCCCCAUCGAGACGACAUCACAUAUAGCAGAAGAUGUCAGGUGACAGCAGCUCCCCGCCCCCGCUGGCCCUGCAGAGGUCUGUCCCUGCCCCCUCCCAGCCCCCCGCCCCGGCCGCCGCGCCGCCGUCCCCCAGCCCCUCCGCCAGCGCCAGCGUCUGCGGCCGGCUGUCCGACGGCAGCCUGACGGCUCCCAGCCCCACCAACUCCCGGGGAUCGCUGCACGGCGUCUCCUUCCUGCUCCAGAUCGGACUCACCAGGGAGACGGUGACGCUGGACCCGGCAGACAUGUCUCUGUCGGCCGUCCGGGAACUCGUCUGCUCCAUCGUCGAUCAGAAGUUCCCCGAAUGUGGCUUUUUUGGGAUGUACGACAAGAUCUUGCUCUUCCGUCACGACUUGAGCUCGGACAACAUCCUGCAGCGCCUGACCUUGGCAGAGGAGAUCAACGAGGGCGACCUGGUGGAGGUGGUGCUUUCUGCUCUUGCCACGCAGGAGGACUUCCAGAUCCGGCCUCACACUCUCUAUGUCCACUCCUACAAAGCUCCGGCCUUCUGUGACGACUGCGGCGAGAUGCUGUGGGGUCUCGUCAGACAAGGACUCAAAUGUGAAGGAUGUGGCCUGAACUACCACAAACGCUGCGCCUUCAAGAUCCCCAACAACUGCAGCGGCGUCAGGAAGAGGCGGCUGUCCAACGUGUCCCUGCCGGGCGCCAUCAUGUCCGCCGCUCGCCCGCCGUCCACCGAGUUACCCCCGAUCCCGCCGGAGGAGCGCCCCCUGCUGCUGGGAGCUGUGAAGAGGAACUCCCUCCUGAGCGGCCGUCCCAUCUGGAUGGAGAAGAUGGUCCUGGGUCGGGUGAAGGUCCCCCACACGUUCUCCGUCCACACCUACACCCGUCCCACCAUCUGCCAGUACUGCAAACGCCUGCUGAAGGGCCUCUUCAGGCAGGGCCUGCAGUGCAAAGACUGUAAAUUCAACUGCCACAAGAGAUGUGCAGCCAAAGUCCCCCGGGACUGUCUGGGGGAGGUGGACUUCAACGGGGCAGAGCCGCUCAGUCCCAGUCCAGACUCCGAGGCCACCAUGGAGGUGGACUGUGACCUGAACAGCGACGGUGGUCAGAGCAUGGACGAGCAGGACGAGCCAUCCACACCAGAGGACAAGCUCUUCUUCAUCGAUGGAGAGAAAGAUGACGAAACCAUCAGAGCCAUCAGCCCGUCGACCAGCACCAACAUCCCUCUGAUGCGUCUGGUUCAGUCCAUCAAACACACCAAGAGGAAAAGCUCCACGAUGGUCAAAGAAGGUUGGAUGGUCCACUACAGCAGCCGGGACAACCUGAGGAAGAGACAUUACUGGAGGCUGGACAGCAAGACUCUGACUCUGUUCCAGAACGAAAGUGGAGCCAAGUUCUACAAGGAGAUCCCGCUGUCGGAGAUCCUGCAGGUGGAGCCGGCGCAGGACCUGAGCAGCCUGCCGGCGGGCAGCAACCCGCACUGCUUCGAGAUCAUCACCGCCAACGUGGUCUACUACGUCGGGGAGGACACCGGCGCCGUGCACCACAACCCCGUCCUGGCAGCGGCCGGCGUGGGGCCGACCGUGGGACGCAGCUGGGAGAAGGCAAUCCGGCAGGCGCUGAUGCCCGUCACCCCCAAGGUCAGCACCGGGCCCGGACACGGCCACGGCAAGGACCACAAGGAACUGUCCACCAGCAUAUCAGUGUCCAACUCCCAGAUCCAGGAGAACGUGGAUAUCAGUUCGGUGUAUCAGAUCUUUGCUGACGACGUCCUUGGUUCUGGACAGUUUGGAAUCGUUUAUGGAGGAAAACACAGAAAGACCGGCAAGGAUGUGGCCAUCAAAAUAAUCGAUAAGAUGAGGUUUCCCACGAAGCAGGAGAGCCAGCUGAGGAACGAGGUGGCCAUUCUGCAGAAACUCCAUCACCCGGGCAUCGUUAACCUGGACUGCAUGUUUGAGACGCCCGAGCAGGUGUUUGUCGUCAUGGAGAAGCUCCACGGCGACAUGCUGGAGAUGAUCUUAUCCAGCGAGAAGAGCCGACUACCUGAACGCCUCACCAAGUUCAUGGUUACCCAGAUCCUGGUGGCCCUCAGACAUCUUCACUUCAAGAACAUCGUCCACUGUGACCUGAAGCCUGAGAACGUGUUGCUGGCCUCGGCCGAGCCCUUUCCUCAGGUCAAGCUCUGCGACUUCGGCUUCGCCCGGAUCAUCGGGGAGAAGUCGUUCCGGCGCUCGGUGGUGGGGACGCCGGCCUACUUGGCUCCGGAGGUUCUCCGCAGCAAAGGCUACAACCGCUCCCUGGACAUGUGGUCGGUCGGCGUCAUCGUCUACGUCAGCCUGAGCGGGACGUUUCCCUUCAAUGAGGACGAGGACAUCAACGACCAGAUCCAGAACGCCGCCUUCAUGUACCCGUCCAACCCCUGGAAGGAGAUCUCGGAGGAGGCCAAAGAUCUAAUCAAUAACCUGCUGCAAGUGAAGAUGAGGAAGCGUUUCAGUGUGGACAAGUCUCUGAGUCACCCCUGGCUGCAGGACUACCACACCUGGCUGGACCUCCGGGAGUUCGAGACCCGGCGCGGCGAGCGCUACAUCACCCACGAGAGUGACGACGCGCGCUGGGAGGAGCACGCCGACGAGCGCGGCCUGCACUACCCCAAACACUUCAUCAUGUCGCCCAACCUGGACGACAUGGAGGAGGACCCGUAGUCGCCACGGCAACACGUCUCUCACGGGGGGGCUCCAGCCUGAGGACGGUUGCCCCAGAAACGCUGAGCUUUUACUGUGAUGGCACAGGAUGAUGGGAGACAGCUGAGACGCUCACCGCUGACGGGACUCAGGGCCACAGAGUUGGAAUUUCACAAAUCUGACUUUCAUUUGUCAUUGAGCCGAACAUCUGCAGCAGCUGCAGAGCUGAGGAAGAGGAGAGGAAGGGCUGAGGAAGAGCAGAGGAAGGGCUGAGGAAGAGCUGAGGAAGAGCAGAGGAAGGGCUGAGGAAGGGCUGAGGAAGGGCUGAGGAAGAGCUGAGGAAGAGCAGAGGAAGAGCAGAGGAAGAGCAGAGGAAGAGCAGAGGAAGAGCAGAGGAAGAGCAGAGAGGAGCUGAGGAAGAGCAGAGGAAGAGCAGAGGAAGAGCAGAGGAAGAGCAGAGGAAGAGCAGAGGAAGAGCAGAGGAAGAGCUGAGGAAGAGCAGAGGAAGGGCUGCUCACUAACGAAGACCUGCUGAUCGUGUCCAGCACAUCACUGCUGCAGAUCGGUCAAAGCUCCCAUUGUUCCUCAACUUGGAAAUCUCACCAAACAUCACUCCCAAAUGUUCUCCAUCGCUGGAACGUCUUUGCACUUUGAGAAGGUUCUUUCAAUGAGAACCUUCACUGACAAGAAUAUCUGGAUUGUUCCGCUGCAGGAGAGUUUAGUUUUCUUUAUUCUGAAAAGAAUUUCAUUGUAAAACAAACAAGAAAUCUGUUUACAUGUUCUGCUGCCGUUCAGCAGCACAAGAGCCUUUAUAUCCAUGGAGAAUUUAAAUAAAGCUCAACUUUAUUUAAAGAGAUUUAAAAACAAUCAAGAUGACCAAAAAUGCUCAGAAAGUGCUUAAAACUCUUCUUUCAUGUUGUCCAAAGUAACAAUAGUACUGUGGAAACGCCGUAACACAAACGUUGGGCCGAUGUUGUUCCUGUGUAGAUAAUAAAAUCAUCUGAUUGACCUGGAUCUCGGUUUGGGACAAAUUAACCUCAGAUCAGCACAAACUACUGUCCAAGCCCAUCAGAACGAUGCCAACAAUCGUCACGUUGCAGUAAAACAAAGAAUUGAAUCCUGUGAUCACAUGAUUUUAUGAUUCUACAUAAAAACACGUCUCUAAUUUAAGCAGCCAUUAAUUGUUAUGAUCAGUUUUCUCUUUUAAGAUGAUUUUAUGUUUCUGAACUGACGAACCUGAGAAGAAAAAGAUGAAGCAGAGAAAGUGUUUUUGUGUUUGUGGGUGGAGGCCACCUGAGACCUGAGACCUGAGCCGAGACCUGAGAACUGAGACCUGAGACCUGAGACCUGAGACCUGAGAC